AUGGAGGUAUGUGAAGAAUAUGAUUAUGGGAGUGAUGUGGAUGAGGAGGCAGUAAUCGAGGCUGAAAUGGGUAGGAUGAGAAAUACAGGAGCUAGGCUUGAACGAAAGGGUAGAAACUUGGUUGGAGAUGAGGUAGAUGGGAAUAUGGGCAACAUAAAAAUGUUCAUUCCACCAUUCAAAGGAAGUAAUGAUCCGGAAACUUACUUGGAGUUUUUGAACGGGUUGAAUUGGGACAUAGCUAAUGUAGUGGAGCUGCAAUACUAUGUGGAAUUAGAAGACAUGCAACACAUGGCUAUGAAAGUGGAGAGACAAUUGAAGAUGAAUGGGACAACAAGGUUCUCAUCGGGUGCUUCGGGUUCUAACUCAUCCUUGAAACUGAAGUGGGACAACAACAAAGGAGAUAGAGUUGUUUCUAGAGAUAAAACUAAAGGCAUGCCAGAAUUGGAGAAGGCUAGUUAUGGUAGUAGAGUGGAAUAUGCUGUGGUGAGCUAUUGGUCACGAGCUUACCAAAGUAAUCUCGAGGAGACAAAAGAACUUCAAAGGCAAGUGGAGGAAUUGAUGAGCAAGGGGUAUGUGAAGGAGAGCAUGAGUCCAUGUGCCGUGCCGUCUUGCUUGUGCCAAAGAAGGAUGGAACUUGAAGAAUGUGCGUAG